GUGAGCAUGCGUGUUUUUCAUAUGGGACUGCGACGUGCUUACCACGAUACGAAGCCAAUCAAGCUAGGUUAUACUUCAUAUGAAAGUGUUUCCGGAUGAAAGGAGACUACUACUAGUUUGUGAUAAAGUCUUGAAAGUUGCUUAUGUCUAAUUCCUAUUGCAAAUAAGAAGUUUUUGCGUCUCUUUUUUUGGGCAGUUCUCUUUGUUAGACGAAACUGUUGUCAGCAGGAUAGCCAGAUAGCUUAAGUCAUACUUCUUGGUCAGUUCAUUGCAGUGACAGUCUGACAGUGACAGUUAACUAACUAGCAGCAUGGGACGAAAAAAGCAGGGAAAGUUUGUCCGUCCUGACAACAAGGGCAAAGACAAACGUCACAAAAUGAAAGGGAAAUCUUUAGAGGCCUUUACAGAAGAAAUGCACACUGCUUUGGAAGCAAGUCUUCACAGGGAGGAAGGAGCAGAGGCCCCUCAGGUGAAGCUUCCUUGCCCACUUGCCAUGUGGGAGUUGGGUCACUGCGAUCCCAAACGUUGUACUGGCAGAAAGUUGGUGAGGAAGGGCUUUGUACGCAACCUGAGACUCAAUCAGAGAUUCAACGGGCUCAUACUGAGUCCAAUGGGCACGAAGUAUGUGACGCCAGCAGACAGAGAGAUUGUGGCCAACAAUGGGCUCGCAGUGAUUGAUUGCUCCUGGGCCAAACUGGAGGAGACACCCUUCAAUAAGAUGGUUGGAAGUCAUCCCAGGUUACUGCCGUACCUCGUAGCUGCGAACCCUGUAAAUUAUGGCAAGCCUUGCAAGUUGUCCUGCGUUGAAGCUUUUGCUGCCACGUUCUGCAUCGUAGGUUUUGAGGAACUGGCAUUGCUCUUAUUGAAGAAAUUCAAAUGGGGGACAACGUUUCUGGAGCUCAAUAAAGUCCUGCUUGGCCGCUACGCUGCUUGUCAGUCGGAAGAAGAGCUCCUUGGUGUAGAGAAAGAGUUUCUCACUUCUAAACCAGAGGAAGAGGAGGAGUUUGAUCCAUUUGAUGUUAACUCUGGAGUAGAAUGCAUGAAUCUCAACAGACGUCAGUGUGCACCUGUAGAAGAUGACUCCAGUGAGGACACAGACUCCACAGAGGAAGAUGACGAAGAUGAGGCAGAAGAUGAAGAAACGGAAAGCAAUGAGGAGACAAAAACAAGCUCACAUGACCAUGAUGAAGAAGAGGAUUGAAUCAAAGACUUUACACUAAAUUAUAUUUCAACCUUGGGUUCUUUUUAAUACACGACUGUUUUAAAAUGCUCAAAAAAUAUUUUGGCACAUAUGAAUGGUUAUGUUUUGUUUUGUUUGCUUAUAUGUCUACGUAAAUUAAUGAACUUUGAUGCAUGUCAACUAAAUAGAAAUAAAAUAAGGGUGUUUAUUAUUAUUAUUAUUAUUAUUAUUAUUACUGACAUUUACACAUUAUAUUCUUGGUUUAUUGACAAAAUAUUUAUUGGAUUAAACUUGUUUGUUGGAAUAUACUUGGUUGCCACAGUUUCAGUUUCACACAAAGCGUUUUAUGGAUAUUGGUCAUUUUUGUCAGUUUGGGUAUUUAGGAGUGCUUCUUCACUUAAGUUUAGUUACACUUG